CGCGCAGCUGUCGCGAUCAUCUUUUAUUUUUAAAGUCGCGACAGGAAGUAGAAGUUUUUAAUCAGCUACACUGAAACAGGAAGCUGUGGCUAAAGAAACUUUUUCGUAUGUGUUUUCCUGUCUCCUAGUGUAUGUGAAUUUGUCGAAUUUACCGACCAAGAUGACACUUCAGUGGACAGCUGUGGCCCUCUUUCUUUAUGUCGAGAUCGGCAUCCUUGUCAUUCUUUGUUUACCCUUCAUCUCUGCCAAAAGAUGGCAAAGUAUUUUCCAUCUGAGGAUCUGGGGCUUCAUGGCAAGAUUCUGGAACAAAGUUUUCCUAACCAUGAUCAUCGUACUAGUCGUUCUUUUUCUGGAUGCUGUCCGUGAAGUUCGAAAGUAUUCAAGUAAGGAAGCGGAUACCAGUGCAAAGCUACAGCCAAACAUGUAUGACCACCUGCACAUGAAGCUUUUCCGAGCCCAAAGAAACCUCUACAUCUCUGGUUUUGCAGUUUUCCUUUGGCUGGUGAUGAAGCGAGUGGUCACCUUAAUUAACCAGCUGGCUACAGUGUCCUGCACCACGGCUGAGUUUCAGGUUCAGGCUGACAAGGCAAACCAGACGGCCAAGAAAUACAUGGAGGAUAAUGAACUUCUCAAACAGACUCUAAUGGAAGGAAAAGGAGACAAAGCUACGGCCACCGGCAUGGAGUUUCUGCGGAAUGAGAUGGAGAAACUGAGACAGGAAUUGAAGUCCACAGAAGAAGCCCUGAAAAAGUCUCAGUCUGAGGCAGAGGUGAUGAAGCAGCAGUCGGAGGGUUUGGCCAGGGAGUACGACCGACUGUUGAAUGAACAUCAGGCGCUCCAGAACAUCCAGGACAGCGGAGACAAAAAGGACGACUAAAUAUUACAACAAAUUAGUGCAACUGUUUACACGGCAUCAGUCAUCUAUAAGAGAGCUUUGACAACACACACACACACGUACACACACCUACACACCUUUUUCUUUUGAUAUUACACGUGGUGUCAUAGAGCUUAUUCACAAACUCUUUACAGCGCCCAAGAAGGAAAGACCUUUGACUGAUAUCACUUCUGGUUUUUAAAGCAUGAAAUUUAAUUAAUAUCAGAGCACAUUUUGAUUUAAUUUUUUUUGCACAGUUUUUUGGGCAGAUGAAUUUAGAUGCAGGUUUUUCUGUUAAGCCUUUUUUGUCAUUGAUUAAAGUACUGUUCCCGGUAUAGUCUUUUUUUUUCUCCACCACUUUGAAUGUAUUUUUUACACAGAUUUUUCCUUUACCUCUGUAUGUAUUUAGAUUAGGCUGUUGUUUCUAAAGUUCUCAGAGUCAGUCAUUUAAUCAUCUAUAUUUUCUUCUUAUAUUUUUUUAUCUGUGUUUUUAAGCCACAUUGUUACAGUGCAAAGUUAAAGGAGGGCAUUUUUUCCGUUUCCUGUUCUACUCCUGUUUUAAUUUGUAAAUGCUGACAUAAUUCCUCACAUGCAAAAUAAAAAUAGAUCAUUAGUGACACCGAUCUUGUAACGCUGUUAUCUUAUCAGAUUAACAUAUGAAAAGUCUUCAUGUUCUAUAUUUGUUCAACUGUAUGUUUUACAGUAAGCACUGUAGUUGAUUUGAAUUCUUCGAGUGAAUAUAUUUUUGCAUGAAGAACACACGGAGCCUUGACACUGUGACAGGAGAUUUGUUUUUGAACUGGCUGUGAGUCCAGUUUUCAGUUUGAAAAAAAAAUAAAGUCACCAUGUGUCAUGCUGCAGGCAUGAAUCAUA